CCGCGCCCCGCGGGCGACCGGCGACCAUGGCGGGACCCCACGUCCCCGGCGCCCCGGCCGCCCGAUGGAAACGCCACAUCGUGCGGCAGCUGCGGCAGCGGGACCGCACGCAGAAGGCCCUUUUCCUGGAGCUGGUGCCGGCCUAUAACCGUCUACUGGAGAAGGCUGCACUGCUGGCCCAUGUCUCCGAGAAGCUGCAGCCGGAGCCCGAGAGCCUCCCUUCUGCCCCGCGCCCCUGGGAGGAGGCGCUGGGGGCUGACUCAGACCAGCAUCUAUCACCAGCCACCCUGAGGGAGAAGUGGCAAGCGGAGGAGGAGAGGCUCCGGCUGGUGUGUGGUGAGAUGGCCUACCAGGUGGUGGAGAAGCGCGCGGCGCUGGGCGCCCUGGAGUCGGAGCUGCAGGAGCGGCGGGACACGCUGGCGGCCCUGGAGGCGCGCGCGGCGCAGCUGCGGGAGGCGCGCGCUCAGCACCGCGGGCAGGUGGCGGCGCGCCGGGCGCGCAACGAGGAGCAGCGCGCGGCCUACGAGGAGCUGCGCGCGCGCGCCGGGCUGCAGGAGGCCGCGCUGCGCGGGCUCGAGGAGGAGGCGCGCGAGCUGCUGGAGCGCCUGGUGCAGCGCAAGGCGCGCGCCGCGGCCGAGCGCAACCUGCGCAACGAGCGCCGCGAGAGGGCCAAGCAGACGCGCGUGUCCCAGGAGCUGAGAAAGGCCGCCAAGCGGACCGUGAGCAUCAGCGAGAACCCCGAACCCCCCGACUCCCCAGGCGAUGGGGUCAGGGAGGCAGCCAGGAGUGUGGCCCCGGCCGUGCAGCCCCAACCCCGGGAAAGAGAGGCUGGGGAGACGCGGAGGAGACCCUUUAGGUCAGCCUCCGCCACGUCCCUGAUGCUGUCCCGCUGUGUAGGUGUGGUGAAGGGCCUUGUGGACUUCAAGAAAAGGAGAGGCCACUCCAUUGGGGGCGCACCCGAGCAGUGCUACCAGAGCCUCCCCGUGUGCGUGGUCGCCCAGCUCCCUACCUGGGCCCAGGAUGUGAGGGAUGCCCACCUGUCGGAAGUGAAUGCCGUCCGCUUCGGUCCCCACAGCAGCCUCCUGGCCACCGGCGGGGCCGACUGCCUCAUCCACCUCUGGAACGUGGUUGGCGGUCGCCUGGAGGCCAACCAGACUCUGGAGGGGGCUGGCGGCAGCAUCACCAGUGUGGACUUCGAUCCCUCGGGCGCCCAGGUCCUAGCAGCCACUUACAAUCAGGCCGCCCAGCUCUGGAUGGUCGGGGAGUCACAGUCCAAGGAGACACUGUCCGGACACACAGACAAGGUGACAGCCGCCAGAUUCAAGCUCACGAGGCACCAGGCGGUGACGGGCAGCCGCGACCGGACUGUGAAGGAGUGGGACCUGCACCGUGCCUGCUGCUCCAGGACCAUCCAGGUCCUUUCCUACUGCAACGACGUGGUGUGCGGGGAGCACGUCAUCAUCAGCGGCCACAAUGACCAGAAGAUCCGCUUCUGGGACAGCAGGGGGCCGCGCUGCACCCAGGUCAUCCCCAUGCAGGGCCGGGUCACCUCCCUGAGUCUCAGCCAGGACCAGCUGCAUCUGCUCAGCUGUUCCCGCGACGACACGCUCAAGGUCAUCGACCUGCGCGCCAGCAACAUCCGCCAGGUGUUCAGGGCCGACGGCUUCAGGUGUGCAUCUGACUGGACCAAAGCUGUGUUCAGCCCUGACAGACACUAUGCUGUGGCCGGCUCUGGGGACGGAGCCCUCUACAUCUGGGAUGUUGACACGGGCAAGCUACAGAGCAGCUUGCGGGGACCCCACUGCUCUGCCAUCAACGCUGUGGCCUGGUGCUGCUCCGGGGGCUACGUGGUGAGCGUGGACCAGGCCAGGAAGGUGGUGCUCUGGAGCUAGGACCGCGAGC